UUCAGGACAUUUCCCAAUUUCUCCCACCCUUUGGCUGUUAAAGAAAACAAGUUAAUAAUUUGACAAAUCACAGGAGCUACUACCACAUACAAUAUACAAUAUGCAUCCUACUCCUACUACAACACUUCCCAAUGGUUUGGCCAGAUGGACAAUGAUGCCAUGGCCUAGGCUUCCUAUACCAUUUCCAAUUGACAACAUUCAAACUCACAAUGUAAGCUUGUGUUGUAACUUUAAAGAACUAGAUUUGAGCAACCAAAGAGGUAAAAGCCUUUGGUGUGGUGCAAGAAGGCAAAUUAGAUACCAAGAUGAAGACGAAGAUAGAGAUGAUGAGUAUGGAUACAAUGAAGAGAUUUCAAAGUUGGAACUCUACAGUCAAUCAGCAAGAAGAGAAGCACUUAUUGUUCAUGCACUUGUGGACCAAAAUGAAGUAGAGGUGCUUAUCUUUAAGGGGUUUUCUUCAUCCUUAAGCUAUAGUACUUCCCCUGACCCAACAAGAAGCAUUCUUCCAGCCAGAGCAGUGAUAAAGUCUAUAGAUAGAAUCAAAGGGCCUUUUGACCCUGCCAAUAUAGAGUAUCUGCAGAAAGAUGUGCCAUGGGAAGAAUUCAAGACAAAUCUUUCUAAUUAAAGAUCAUAUUUAGCUUCUUAAUUUUUUUAAUAAUUUCUUUUUUCUAUUUGAUUUAAUUUGUAUACAUUGUCCAAUACUUUGUCAAAACAAAUUUGUUUUCUUACCUA